CCUUCCUCCCAUAUCGCUUGCUGUCAUUUGGCCAAGUCAGUAGCCGGUAUGACCCGUGGCGCACAAGGACUGGAGCAAACGAGUAGUGUACGUAAAUUAACGAUUCAAAUGCUACAUCGUCACUUGAGGAUUGUAACAAGCAAUCAAAUGUUCGGCUACGUAAAUUUUUUAUCUCAAUGAGAAAAGUAAAAGCGCGACAAAUCGCUUAUCGUAUUGAGGAAGUGAUCGUUAACGUUCCGUGGGUUGAUUUAUUUUUAUUAGAUUUUUUUUACUUAACGGUUCGCGUUUACCUGGGCUGUAACUGCAGGAGAAGGGGUCUAAUGCAAUGAAGCUAGAGGUCGUUUCAUUUUGGAGUCGGCGUUGGAGAUGCAGUUGUUACAGAGUGCCUCUCUGUCGCCCCCUGCUGGCCAUGCUGAGUGUAUGCUCUGUGUUCCUGCUGGUGGCGGCCACAGCCUCAGCCUCUGCAGAUCCAGACACACACAGACAUGACUCCAACCUGGAGAUCUACAAGCGCCUGUUUGAGACAAAGAGGAAGGAUCAGCUGAACGCCCUGAAGAACUUGGUGGAGCUGAAUGACAUCAACCAGCAGUACAAGAUCAUAGACAUCAUGCUCAAAGGCUUGUUCAAGGUGCUGGAGGAUUCCAGAGCGAUCCUAAUUGCAGCCAACAUGCAGCCUGAUGACCCAUUCCCCAUGGACGACAAGAUCAAAGAAGCCUACUCCCAUGUGGUGGAGAACACGGCGUUCUUCGGAGAUGUUGCGUUGCGGUUCCCCCGCAUCGUCCACCAUUACUACGACCGCAACUCUGAGUGGGGGGGGCUGCUGCGUUGGGGGCUGCGCUUCUGUAACCUCACGGGGGUAUUCACUGGGGGGGCACACCAGCACGUGCUCACACUGAUGUCGCAGGAGCUGGGAAUAGCAGAGAAAUCACCUGACUUCACCAACCCCUACCGCACGGAGAGAGACGAUGUGCUUCACACUGCGGAGGCCUUUCAGAAGAUCCUGAGAGAGGAGGAAAAGAGGAGGAGGAAGGAGGAGAAGAGGAAAGAGAUCAGAAAAGGCCCACGCAUCUCUCGCUCCCGCACUGAGCUAUGAGACUGUACCUCAGCAUCUUGGGAGCAUGGGAGGAGGAGAGGAGAGGAAGGGGGAAGGAGAGGAGGAGGAGGAGCAGAGGAGUGGAGAGGAAGGGGGGAGGAGAAAACGUUUGAAGGAAUAGCCUUGAGAGGCAGAGGGGGGAGAGUUAACUAAUGAGCUCUGUCCGGGUAUAAAAUAGCAGGACACAGGAAUGAAUAUAGUCUAGGAGCCUUCUGUAGAAGUCAUGAAAAGGGAAAAACAUUUUGAUAACUUGAUUACAAAUAAAUGUACUUUGUAAUAUAAUUCAUUUGAAUAUGAUGAAUUUACAAGAACAACUUCAAAUACAGAUUGCUAUGUGUUAUGAUGUUUAAACUUUACAAUACACUGUAUUAUCAUACACUACAAACAAGCACUGACUUAAUUCAAUAUAGCCUCAAUUUGUACAGAAGAAUGUAUUUGGUUUACCCAUACAGCCAAGCUUAAAAUACAAUGCUUGGAAAUAGGUAUUUUUGCUGAAUUCAUUCAUAUUUUUGUCCCCUUUCUGUCAGUUGUUAGUUGUAAUUAUGAUAUUUUGCUGUGAUCGAUGGUCCGGUGUGCGAUCUGUGCCUGACAGUGUGCGCAAGGUCCCGUCCUUCUCUGAGGUAGACUUCAAAACACCUUGUUGUGUGUCUGAAAAGGUGGUUUAUCUGGCAGCUGGGUGUGGAUGACAGUGUGUGUGUGUUCGUUCUUUAAGUCUGUAUUAAAGAAUUAAACAUGUUUUACCAAAGCUGAGAAGGGAGAGCGUGACUGUAUCACGAGCUACUGUAAGUCUAACUGCCUGUCAACAUCUAUCUUCAUUAGAACAUUUAAGUGUUGUCGAAUUAUCCUGUCUUAAUUCAGGCAUCAAAUAAGCCUAAUGUAGAUGAUCCCCUCAUGUUAAUGAAUUGGUUUUAAGAUGUCCUUGUCAUUCAUGGUGCAGCAAAUCCGUAUUUCAAAGGUAACGAUAUAUUGCAUUUAAAGAAAUGGUGGCGAUAUUUGAGACAGUUUUGUAAAUGCGACUGUUAUUUGUAUAUUUAAAGAAAUUAUAAUUGCUGAGAUGUUAUCACAUGAUAAUAAA